AUGUGUAUAUAUAAAUAGCUUCGACAGUCUAAUAACGUUAAUCAUUUUUUAUAUUAGCAACAAGAAGAUAGCACCAUCAAUUCAAAAUGCCUGCUAAAUACAAACUCUCUUACUUUGAAGGCAGAGGAAGAGGUGAAAUUCUUCGUCUUAUGUUUGCUGGAGCUGGUCAAGAGUUCGAAGAUGACCGACUAAAGGGCGAUUCCUGGAUAGCAUUUAAACCAAAAACACCAUAUGGCCAGAUGCCUGUGCUAACAGUAGAUAAUAAAACCAUGAUUAACCAGACAGGUGCCAUUGCUCGGUUCAUUGCUCGUGAAUUUGGAUUAUACGGUACCAAUAACAUGGAAAGUUCCAAGUGUGACGUCAUCUUUGAGACCGUCAAUGACGUGUUCACAGAAAUGGUAAAAGUAUUUUUCGAAAAAGAUGAAGCAAAGAAGGCAGAAAAUGGUAAAAAAUUAAAUACAGAAGUUUUACCAAAAUUUUUCGCUUUUAUGGCCAAGUUACUGAAAGAAAAUGGUGGAAAAUGUCUCGUAGGAUCUAAGCUUUCAAUGGCAGACGUUGCUUUCUUUGACAUGCUUGAUAAAAUAACCGAAGGUAAAGGUAUGGGUGCAGAUUUAUACAAAGACUUUGCUGACAUCAAAACAUUUUACGCAAACGUCCAGAAAUUACCUAAUAUGAAAAGUUAUUUAGAGAAGCGACAGCCAUCUGAUAUUUAAAUUUAGCAACACUCAUCAUCUUCAUUUUAUUUGUGUUUUAAAACAUUAACAUGGUCCAGGAAUAACAGACUGAUUUAUGCGAACAAAUUGGAGGGGCAACCUUUACAUUGUACUCAAUAAACUAAGUACGAUCUUUUUGUACUUUUUUUAUUUAAAAAUUGGGAUAAUCUUUACAUUGUUUACAUUUAUAGAACGUUCAUUUUUUUCUUUUUUAUUUCAUAGUUAUUGAAAUGUUUUCUCUCUCUCUUUACAAAUUGCAAUUUUUUUAAUUAAAAUAUACAAUGGCGUAGCUGCUUUA